UGAGCAAUUGGCAACCCAACCAUGUCCAUUAAGUUCUCGAGCUACCUUCUUUCCAAUUCAGUUGAACUCGGCUCCACGCUAAUUAAUCCUUCCAACCAACUUUCUCCUCCUCCUCCUUCCCAUCUCCUCCUAUAACAAAGCACCCAUCACCUUCCACCUUAUUCUAUCUCCCGCCAUGGUUUCUGCUCCUGUCGUUUUCACCUCACUCUCUCUCCUCAUCUCCAUUCCCAUCAUCAUCUUCUUCUUCUUCUUCUUCACCCGAAACAAAUCUCGCAACUCGAAGCAGCUGAAGCUCCCUCCAGGUCCCCCUGGAUGGCCCAUCAUCGGCAAUCUAUUCCAAGUCGCUCUUUCCAACAAACAAUUCAUCCACUACGUCCGCGAACUAUUCCCUAUCUACGGGCCGAUCUUAACGCUUCGCAUGGGGGCUCGGACCCUCAUCAUUAUUUCCAGCGCCGAGCUCGCCCACGAAGCGCUAAUCGAGAAGGGCCAACUCUUCUGCAGUCGCCCUGCUGAAAAUCCUACCCGAGUCAUCUUCAGCUGCAACAAAUUCACAGUCAAUUCCGCCAUUUACGGACCAGAAUGGCGCUCUCUUCGCCGGAACAUGGUCUCCGGCAUGCUCUCCAACGCUCGCCUGAAACAAUUUUACCCCAACCGCGCCGCCGCCAUGGAUCGCUUCAUCGACCGAAUCCGCUCCGAAGCCAUUGCCAAUAAUGACGCCAUAUUGGUUCUCCGCAACGCUCGUUACGCCGUCUUCUGCAUUCUAAUUUCCAUGUGCUUCGGCGUUGAGCUAGAUGAGAAAGACAUUAUUCGCAUCGACGAAGUCAUGAAAAGGGUUCUCAUAACUCUCAGCCCGCGCAUGGACGAUUACCUCCCACUUCUCCGGCCAUUUUUCUCCAAACAACGCGCGCACGCCUUAAACGUCCGCAAAGAACAGAUCGAAACCAUCGUCCCGCUCAUCGACAAACGCCGCGCGAUUCUUAAAAACCCUGACGAUCACAAAUCCGCGGCUCCAUUCUCAUACCUCGACUCCCUUCUCGAUCUUCGCGUCGAGGGUCGGAAUUCCGCGCCAAACGACACGGAAUUAGUCACCCUCUGCUCCGAAUUCCUCAACGGCGGAACCGACACCACCGCCACCGCCAUCGAAUGGGGCAUUGCGCGUCUCAUCAACAAUCCAUCCAUCCAAUCAAAGCUUUACGAAGAGAUUAUGUCAGUCGCAGGCAAAGACAAGCCGGUGAGUGAAAACGACAUCGAAGGUAUGGUCUAUCUUCAAGCAUUCGUGAAAGAACUGUUAAGAAAACAUCCGCCGACGUAUUUCUCCCUCACCCACGCGGCUGUACAGACCGCCAAGCUCGGGGGUUAUGACGUCCCGGCGGAUGCCAAUUUAGAGAUUUAUUUGCCGACCAUCUCCGAGGAUCCAAGGCUCUGGAAAGAACCAGAAGAGUUUAAACCAGAGAGAUUCUUGCCGGGAGGAGGAGGAGAGAGCGCGGAUAUUACAGGCGUGAAGGAGAUAAAGAUGAUUCCUUUUGGUGCUGGGAGGAGGAUCUGUCCAGGUUUGGGAAUGGGAACUAUUCACAUUUCUCUUAUGCUGGCGAGAAUGGUUCAGGCUUUUGAAUGGAACCUCCAUCCUGACGAGCCCGAGCUUGAUUUUGGAAGUAAGCUAGAGUUCACUGUAGUUAUGAACAGGCCGCUUUUAGCUAUAGUGAAAGCCAGAAACUAAUAAUACUAUUUCUCUCUCUCUCUCUCUCUCUAUAAUAUAGUAGAAAUUUGUGGGUGUUAGUGUUAUAUAGGAUAAAUUAAUUGCUGCCUGGAAGAUUAAAGAAUUUUAGCUGCCAGCAAAUAAUUUUCCUUUUCUUAAGGCAACUUGGUAUCUUAUUCUACCUAUAAAGCAUAUUAUAGAGUAAUGUUUUAAUAUUGUAAUGAAUUGUGAUUUAGAAUAAUGAUUUUUUUGAGUUGGUGUGAA